UUUUUCAACCGGGUAGUUGCUACGGGGAAGCUGUGUCUAACAAACUGCAGGGCAGCCAUCGAAAGCAUCGGUUAAGCAGUAUCGGCAGAGACCAACAGAGAAAUGGCAUCUGGAUGGGGAAUCACUGGGAACAAAGGGAGGUGCUACGAUUUCUGGGUGGACUUCAGCGAAUGCAUGUCCCGUUGCAGGGAGCCCAAAGACUGUUCUCUCCUCCGUGAGGACUACCUCGAGUGCCUCCACCACGCCAAAGAGUUCCAACGAAGAAAUCGAAUUUACAAGGAAGAGCAGCGAAAACUAAGAGCUGCUGCACGAAAGAAGAAGGAGGGUGGGGAUGGUGUUGAUAGUCAUCACACCUAGCCAUAGUUGAAUUUCAAGAAUAAAUAAUUUGGAGAUGUUGUAUUUUUGUCAGGACUGGUAUUCUAACUUGUUUCAAGUUGCUGGUUUUCUUUUUUUGCCUGAAAUAGACCUUUGCUUUUCUUUCUGGUGUGUGCAAUAAGGCCAAUAGUUUUACCUUCAUAUGCCAUCAGGUUGAUGUGAUUGAUAAACCAAGUAACAUGCUCUGGAAUGCCUACAAACACUACAUUUUAAUGUGAAGAUUUUUUAAACCUUGUUCUUCCUUUUGUGAUUCCCAUGAAUCAGUUUGACUAA